CAGCAUUGGAAAGAUGAAAGCCAUCAUGCAUCACUGCUCGGGUAUUUACAAGUACGAGGGCAACUUUAUGUUUAACUUCAACCACGUGCCCGAACCCAACCUGGUCGACUUUCUGAAGGACGUUGCGCUCGACCGGCGGGGCGUAUUUACCAUGUGCAGCUCGACCAGCGACGCUCGCUGCAACGACUACAUGCAGGUGACACUUACGAACGAAGGCAUCUGCUACUCGUUCAAUAUGAUCUCGCAGGCGGAAAUGUUUCACCCGGACGUGCUGCAGGAUGAGUACCAAUAUCUGGAACCCUGGGACACCGACGGCGCGACGGUGGAGAGGGGCGAACUUCUAAAAGUUGCCGGUUCAGGGUUGGAUGCCUCGAUCGGCUUCAACUUAAUCCAUUAUCCACUCAAAAUUGAUACCUCUUGUGUGCGUGGCCGUGGCUACCGAGUACUUAUACACGAGCCCACCGUCUAUCCGGACCUUUCUAAGCGCAACAUACGGCUGUCGCUAUCGCAGACGCUUACCGUCGCGCUCAAGCCCAACAUCAUGAUGACUUCGCCGGAGCUUUCGAAGUACAGUGCCCAGAAGCGCCAGUGUUACUUCGGACACGAGCAUCCGCUGCGCUUCUUCCGACGGUACAACCAGGACAACUGUGAGCUCGAGUGCCUGACAAAUUACACGCUGGCUCGGUGCGGUUGCGUCCACUUCUCGAUGCCCCGGACGAACGGGACGCGUGUGUGCCGGUUUGAGGAGGAGCACUGUCCGUACGAUGCACGUGGGGCACUAUUUAUACGCAAACAGAACCGCACCGGUACGGAUGAUUACCUGCUGCGGUGCGAUUGUUUGCCGGCCUGCUCGUCCGUACGGUUCGAUCUGCAGAUUACUCAAGACUCGCACACGGAAGAGCGUGAAGUGCGGACACGGUUUGAGACGUUGGAAGAGCUGCAGGCAAGGUUACAGAUUCCUGUAUAUUCGGUGCUCCAAGUUUACUUUCAAGACACUCAUUUCAUACCGGCCCAACGAUCCGAGCUGCAUGGGCUGGUGGACUUCUUGGCGAAUUGUGGUGGACUGUUGGGGCUGUUCAUCGGCGUAAGCCUAUUGAGCAUAGUAGAAGCAAUAUACUACAUCACCAUUCGUCCUUUAUCAUUACGAAAGCAAAAACCGAAUGAUAAAGAACAAACAGAGCUUUGCUAA